AUUGAAGGCGGCCAACAUUCAAUAUUCAAUUUCAAUAUAUUUAUUUCGGGAGGAUUCAGCUGGUAUGGAUCUUCGCUGGUAUCAUGAUAUCGACACGUCGCCAGCACCUCUAAUUUCCGUGAUGGAUCGCAUAUCUUGUCUUCGCGAACCCACGGAAGACGACAUGGUUUUGGUCCAUCAGACAAUGAUAGCUGACGAGAAGGCAGUCCAGGAACUGCACAGCGAAAUGAAUAUGCUGUAUUCUAUGCUGGAGCGCCUCCGCUUGCAGAAGGACAAGCACCGAGAGAAUAUACGUCGGGCCCGCUCAUUGUUAACCCUCGCUCGCCGCCUACAUCCUGAGCUGCUAGCUCGCAUAUUUGAGAUAUGUGCUGAGAGCGGCUGGACGCGUGCGCCUGUGGCUGUUUCUCAAGUGUGCUCGGCCUGGAGGAAAGCUGCAGCCUUUCCUCAUGUAUGGUCCCAUCUCUUCCUUGACUUGAGAUCGGGAAACUCGAUAGGCAAAGUGGAGUUUUGGUUGCGCAAAGUUCAACACGCGCCUUUGCAUAUAACUUUGGAUAUCCCUCUCGAAUCACCAUCGUUGGAUGAGGUUUUGGGUUUGCUCAUUCCUCGCUGCCAGCAGUGGCACACCCUUAUCAUCAACUCCGUGGAUUCGACAACAAUGAACCACGUCCUUCACCGUUGCAGUUUCCCAUUGCCUGCUUUAAGGCAACUUAAUCUCAUCACUGAAAUGGGGGGUUCUCAUCUUGUGGAUGUGUCGUCUCUUCAGGACGCUCCGCGUUUAUCUCGGUUACUGAUUGAACAACCGAAUCUUCCACAGUGGAGCAGCUUCAUGAGAGUCACGACAUUGCAUGUUGUGCUCUCCUCUUCAACGUUGUUGCCACCUUCCAUGAAUGCCACCGAUUGGAUCGAAAUGCUACAAGCCUCAUCAGAGUUAAGGGAUCUCACACUAGAGCUCUCUAAACCAGGAGCACGCCCGUACAACGUUGAUACCCAACGCGUUGUGGAUCUUCCUCACCUGGAAUCAUUAACUCUCCACGUCUCUCCCGAAGUGAACGCAAUCCUUUUGACAAUGCGCGCACCCGCGUUGCGUCAACUCCACCUGCGUUGCUCAUCUGACCCCCUUGCGCGCUCUCACAUGCCUUCUGGCGCCCAUUUAUGUCGGUUCCUUGAAACUUCCCCUUGUCUACAACUUCUAGAACUUUAUGACGUUGAUUUGGAGCGCACCGACUUCGUGCGAUGUUUCGAGCUCCUUCCUAAACUGGAGGAACUUCGUCUGCACGACAGUGACAUUGCUGAUGAACAACUGCGGCUCCUACACGGGCGCAACGGGCAUUGCCCAAACCUUACUCGUCUCGACUUCCGCUGGUGCAAUUAUCUCACUGGCAGGGCGCUGGUGAACCUUGCCCAGAGCCGGCUACCACGAGAUGAAGGCGAGGGUCAAGUGUCGUCCACAGCGACACAAGCGGGCCGAAUGGAUGAAGUGGCUGUUAUCAAUUGUCUGCACGUUAAAGAACAGGAUGUUCUUGAUCUAGCGGAAAUGACAGUUUGCAGGCUCCUGAUGAGGUCAGAAGGAGAUCACUGCUAUGCACGAGGUUGUUGCAAUAACGAGAGGUAUAGACAACGUAUGCGACUACGCCAUAACAAUAAGCUGUCACAAAGAGUCAUCCUCUGAAGAUCUGACCCAUGGAUCAAGAAUUUGUACAACUGUAUUAGGUAGAUUCAAUUGGUCUCCCGUAUGCAGACCAAAUGGAAUGAAGAUAUGUACUAUAAUCGAUAGAAGGACGUAAAAUUUUGUUAGUCUCAAACUAUGGCAAACAGUAGUAGUCAGUGUACCAUUCGCCUCAAACAAGGACUGAUCUGAUAUUCCACGCGUUUGAGAACCCCUGCCGUUGAAGCUGCAUGUAAAGCAGCGCUGGACUGAGCCUACAUAUAU